AUGUGCUGUGCCUUUGCGGGUCCACCGACUCCAUUGAGGCCUUCUGAAAGGCACCAAAGGUUACCCAAAUUACUAGACAAAAUGGCCGCCGAGAAGAAAGACGCCAAGAUCUGGGUUCAGUCCAACGAUAACAUCACGAUCCCCGUUGAUCGCGUUGUCGCUGAGCGCUCCAUGCUCAUCAAGAACAUGCUCGAGGAUGUUGGUGAUGAUGCCAUCAGCCAGGAGAACCCCAUUCCCAUUCCUAACGUCAACGAGGCGGUCCUUCGCAAGGUCAUCGAGUGGUGUGACCACCACCGCGCCGAUCCCGUUCAGACCGCCGAUGACGAGAACGAUGCUCGCAAGAAGACCACCGAGAUCGAGGAGUGGGACCAGAAGUUCAUGCAGGUCGACCAGGAGAUGCUCUUCGAGAUCAUCCUCGCUUCCAACUACCUGGAUAUCAAGCCUCUCCUCGACGUCGGCUGCAAGACCGUUGCCAACAUGAUCAAGGGCAAGUCGCCCGAGGAGAUCCGCAAGACCUUCAACAUUACCAACGACUUCACCCCCGAAGAGGAGGAGCAGAUCCGCCGCGAGAAUGAGUGGGCCGAGGACCGUUAA